GAGAGGGAGCACCGAAUGAUAAUCCGCUACCAAGAAUCUAUUAGCACAGCCGUUGUGGAACCACUUGGAGCUAUUACAAGAACCGAUUUUGAUGCUGUUUUCGGUAGCAGAAACAGUCCCGAUGACCCCAUUGAAAUACAAGUCGACCUGAGAGCUCAAAUGGAUUCAAUUUGGCCGCUUGUGUUAUCAAUCAGAAAUGAUUUUUCUCAAGAACCGGAAGAGUGCUUUACUUUGAGGAUACUCCCUGUAGAUGUUCCUGGUCGCCGUGAGCUCUUUAUGUGCCGUGAAGAUGGAGAAAGUGCUGACAACUACUUCUGCGAGCUAACCAUAUGCAUUGCUGAUGACGAUGGUAAGCUCUUGGUUCUUACAUGGACUGCAUAAUAAUGUGUCUGCAUUGGCUUCAGAUCUGUUUGUCGUUGCAUUUGUGAAGACAACCUACACUGUUGAUGAGAAUGUAGGUUCAGUGAGUGUGUGUGUCAAUCUCACACAACCAGCAAUUGACAUUCUUGAUGAAACUGUCAAUGUUUCUGUUAUUGGCAACUUCAACUCAAUGUACAUCCCAGCCGGCUCUCCACAAGCAACUCCAGAUCGACCCCAGUCCCUUGGUCGUUAUUUGAGGAUUGAGGGAACAGAUUAUGAACAACAAACUCCUUCUGUUAAUGCUAUAGAUGCCUUGCUACGUGAGGAAACGAGAAUAGUCUGCUACAAUCAGACCAUCUACGAAGACCAACGCUUGGAGCGAAACGAGUAUCUCGGUCUAGAACUGAGAGUGCUGAAUAACUCACUCACAACAGCACUCACUGUAGCAAAGCCCACGUUUGAUCAGAGUUCAAUACUUAUACUGGAUAACGACAAUGCUGCGGUAGGUCUAGAGAGGACAUCAUACACUGUCUCUGGGCCUGUGGUCACAGUGCAAAUCUGUGCUCUGGUGUAUAGUCCACUCAUAUCAUGUCCGAUUGAGUUUCCAUUCACUCUCGGACUCAGUGCUGCAAAUGCCCAGGUCAUGUUAUCAUUUGACAUCUGUGAGACAAGAAGCUGUGUUUAUGUCAACAUUGAUACCAAUGAAAGAAGACAAACGCCUAAUAUUCAACUUGGAGCGAAUACCAUCUCUCGACAGUAGGAUCAGUUUAAACCCAGCCUCAGGACAAAUUGUGACAACCCGUGACAAUGAUAUCUUGCUGGUGGAAACAAGAGUGUCAGAUGCUGGAGUGACAGAGGCUGGGUCUAUGGGCUCUCUCUGACCUGCAUAGUCAGAGGUGGCACCUCAGGGACUGCUAGGUUCCCUUCGGCUGAGUGGUGGAGUGGCUCAACUCCAGUGUUCCCAGGGGAGGAUAGUAACCUCGCUGAGACUGUUAAGAAUGCUACAACCUCAAUCUCUUUUCUUUCCUUCUCAACACUUCGAACAUCUCAU